UGAAAGUAAUUAUGUUUGAUGGUAGAGACUGUGACAGACAUGAGUAUGAGUAUUAUAUUAGUCUGUUAUCACAGUGCUAUACAGACAUACCCGAAACUGGGUAAUUUACGGAGAAAAGAGGUUUAAUUGGCUAACAGUUCCACAGGCUGUACAGGAGGUGUGGCUGGGGAUGCCUCAGGAUACUUACAAUCAUGGUGGAAAGCGAAGGGGAAGCAGGCACAAUCUUCACAUGGCCAGCAGGAGAGAGACAGCAAAGGAGGAAGUGCAACACAAUUCAAAACGACCAGAUCAUAUGAGAACUCACUAUCACCAGAACAGCAAGGGGGAAAUCGGCUCCCAUGAUCCAAUCACCUUCCACCAUGCUCCUCCCCCAACACUGAAGAUCAUAAUUCAACAUGAGAUUUGCCUGGGGACACAGAGCCAAAACAUAUCAAGUAUACAUUUUCUUAGAGGUGAUACAUUGGCUGGGAAGACAGUGCUCCCAUCUUCUGGCCAAGAAUAUACUCAACUCUUCACCAGGUCUCUGAGGAUCCCCAGGGGGAAACUCCUCCUGGGAGUAAAAUCACACAACCACUGAGAAGAGCGCUCCGGCAUCCUAGAGAGGACGCGUGUGAGUCUGGGUGCAAGGCUAACGUAGUGACGCACUUCCGUUCACGAACCGCUUUCUGUUUUUCCUGAGCCUUUGCCUGCUAAGAGGGAGCCCAGGUCAUGGCAGCCAUGCCUCUGAAAGCUCGAUACCAGGAGAUGGUGACCUUUGAGGAUGUGGCUGUGCACUUCACCAAGACAGAAUGGACUGGCCUUUCUCCUGCCCAGAGGGCCCUGUACAGAAGUGUGAUGUUGGAGAAUUUUGGGAACCUGACUGCUUUGGGGUACCCAGUUCCCAAACCUGCACUGAUCUCACUUUUGGAGGGAGGGGACAUGGAUUGGGGCCUGGAAGCACAGGAUGAUCCCCCAGCAGAGAGGACCAAAAACGUCUGUAAAGAUGUUGAGACCAACAUUGACAGUGAGUCCACAUUAAUCCAGGGAAUUUCUGAAGAAAGAGAUGGGAUGAUGUCACAUGGUCAGCUGAAGAGUGUCCCUCAGAGAACUGACUUCCCAGAAACAUGUAAUGUGGAAAAGCACCAGGACAUCCCCACAGUGAAAAAUAUCCGAGGAAAGGUUCCAAGAAUCCCCUGUGCAAGGAAACCUUUCAUAUGUGAGGAGUGUGGGAAAUCCUUCAGCUACUUUUCUUACUAUGCUAGACACCAGAGAAUCCACACUGGGGAGAAACCCUUUGAGUGUAGUGAAUGUGGAAAAGCCUUUAAUGGCAAUUCUUCGUUAAUUCGGCACCAGAGGAUUCACACUGGAGAGAAACCCUAUCAGUGUAAGGAGUGUGGGCGAGCCUUUAAUGAUAAUGCAAAUCUGAUCAGGCAUCAGAGAAUCCACAGUGGGGACAGACCCUAUUACUGUACAGAGUGUGGGAAUAGUUUCACCAGUAGUUCCGAGUUUGUUAUACAUCAGAGAAUCCACACUGGGGAGAAACCCUAUGAGUGUAAUGAGUGUGGCAAAGCUUUUGUUGGUAAUUCACCCCUACUUCGGCAUCAGAAAAUCCACACUGGAGAGAAACCCUAUGAAUGUAAUGAGUGUGGCAAAAGCUUUGGAAGGACUUCCCAUCUAAGCCAACAUCGGCGUAUUCACACGGGGGAAAAGCCUUAUUCUUGUAAAGUAUGUGGACAAGCCUUCAAUUUCCAUACAAAACUAACUCGGCACCAGAGAAUUCACAGUGAGGAGAAACCCUUUGACUGUGUAGAUUGUGGAAGAGCCUUCAGUGCUCAGGAACAAUUAAAAAGGCAUCUGAGAAUUCAUACUCUGGAGUCUUCCUAUGUAUGUGAUGAGUGUGGAAAAGCCUUCACUAGCAAAAGAAAUCUUCAUCAGCAUCAAAGAAUCCAUACCGGAGAGAAACCCUAUGAGUGUAGCAAGUAUGAGAGGGCCUUUGGGACUUCUUCCCAGCUAGGUCACCUUGAGCAUGUCCACUCUGGAGAGAAGCCUGUGCUGGACAUUUGUCGUUUUGGCCUCCCGGAAUUUUUUACCCCCUUUUACUGGUAGUAGUACACUCCAGUGAAAUGUACUGAGUGGAUUCCAUGUUCUGCUCAGGAAUGGAAUGUGUGAUACAGGCCUGACUCAGCCUCUGAUCCAUCCCUCAAGCCACAGUUACUGAUUCAGAUGUCAGUAGAUGACCAAAGAUGGUCCAAUUAGAGUCCCAGCAUUGCAAGAGCUAAUAGGAAGAAAUGCUGUCCCCCCACCCACCCCCAUUGGUUUUAACACUGAGAAGAACUCAUAGACUCUCACAGAGGCGAGAAUGAAGUCCACACAGCAAAAAAUGCAUCUGAGAAUUGGAGAGCAGUCAAAGACUGAAGAUAAUGUUUGAACAGCCACAUUAAACCAUACCUGAAGCUAAAAAUACAUACGGGUUUUUGAAUUGUAGCAGCCAAUAAAUUCCAUUUUUGUUUGGUUGG